AGCGCGGUUCCCAGGGAGCCUUGGACCUUACGGAGCUGAUCGGCGUCCCCCUCCCCCCCUCCGUCUCCUUUGUCACGGGUUUCGAGGGUUACCCCGCCUACAGCUUCGGACCGGACGCCAACGUGGGCCGCCUCACAAAGUCGUUCAUCCCCGACCCGUUCUACAAUGACUUCGCCGUCACGGUCAUAGCCAAACCCACCACACGGCAAGGUGGCGUGCUGUUCGCCAUCACAGAUGCUUAUCAAAAAAUUGUGCACUUAGGUAUAGCGUUGUCAGAAGUGGAAGAUGGUUCCCAGAGGGUCGUGUUGUACUACACUGACCCAGGAACGACAGCUGGGACCCAGGAAGCAGCUUCCUUCAAAAUGGGCGACCUGACGGGACGAUGGGCGAGGUUUACCCUGACGGUGCAGGGGGCGGAGGUGCGUCUCUACAUGGACUGUGAGGAAUAUCACCGGGUUGCCUUUACCAGGAGUCCGAAGCCACUGACGUUUGAGGCCAGCUCCGGGAUCUUUGUGGGAAACGCCGGGGGCACAGGCCUGGCGAAGUUUGUGGGCUCCAUCCAGCAGCUGGUGUUGAAGUCAGAUCCCACGGCCCCGGAUGACCAGUGUGAGGAGGACGAUCCUUACGCCUCUGGAUACGGAAGUGGUGAUGACGCCUAUGACGACGUUGAAGAAAGAGAAGAAGUGAAAAAGAUUGUGGAGGAGAGAGAGUAUACCAUGCCCCUCCCAGAGCUGGACCCCACUUACAGCGCACCGGUCCGAGCUCCGCCCACUGAGACGUCCAUACGCAGGGAUUAUGACGAUGAUGAAGAUAUUGAGGAGACGUCUGGACAAGAGGAGGCGACGAGCACAGUCAGAGUUCAAUCCGCUCUGACGGCGACUCCAGCCUCAGUACCGGGCACUAUUAAUUUGAAUCCACUUCAUGCUCAGUCCCUCCAGGUGUCUCCGGGGCUGAAAGGCGAGCGAGGGGAUCCAGGUCCGGCCGGUCCACCAGGACCCCCUGGCCUUCCGGGGAAAGCCUCAGGAGAUGGAGAGGGAGGGGAGCCGGGACCACGGGGUCCACAGGGGACACAGGGGCCCACAGGUCCUGCUGGAGCACCAGGGAAAGACGGACAGCCUGGGAGUAAAGGUGAAAUUGGUUCGCCGGGUGCAAUUGGGAAUCCAGGAUUCCCAGGACUUCAGGGAGAGCCUGGUCCUAAGGGAGAAAAGGGUGAUCUAGGUGUUGGAGUACCGGGUCCUCCAGGGCCUCCUGGACCUCCAGGCCGAACUAGCAUGGGGUCCAUGUUCCUGGAGGGGUCAGGAUUUGAAGAGUUUGACAGCGAUGCAGAAAUUCUUCGGGGACCUCCAGGGCCUCCUGGACCACCUGGACAGCCAGGGACUCCAGGGACUCCAGGGACCGCCUCCGGAGACGUCUUUCCUGGACCACCUGGGGUUCCUGGGAAAGAUGGGAAGGAUGGAGAGAGGGGCGAACCUGGACUCCCUGGAGUGGAUGGAAAAGAUGGAGAUCCAGGGUCUGCUGGGGAGAAGGGAGACAAGGGAGCCCCUGGUGUGAGCGGCCAACCAGGACCAAAGGGAGAUCAGGGCCCUGCAGGGAUCCCAGGCUUUCCAGGGUCAGAGGGUCCAGAAGGGCGGCCCGGUCCCAGGGGUCCCCCGGGCCCCCCCGGACCCCCUGGAAGAGGCUUCACAUUGGACUAUGAGGACUUGGAAGGAUCUGCGAUGCAGGGUGCUUUAGGUUCCACUUUCUCCCCAGGUCCACAGGGUCUUCCUGGAGCUCCAGGACCAAAUGGUAAAGACGGUUUAGACGGCGCUCCAGGAAAUCCAGGGCAAAAGGGGGAGUCAGGUGUUACAGGACGACCAGGGUUUCCAGGACUGGAGGGGCUGAAAGGGGCAGAGGGAGCAAAGGGGGACAAAGGUGAUCCAGGACAAAAGGGGGAGAUGGGACGAGACGGACUCAGUAUUCCUGGCCCUGCAGGACCACCUGGACCUCCAGGACCCAUCGUCAACCUCCAGGAUCUUCUACUUAACGACACAGACGGUGCCUUCAACUCUUCAGGGUUUUUGGAUGCUCAGGGAUCUGCAGUGAGUAUCAGGAAGAACAACACCCUUCAUAGAGAAAGUCCUCUUGAAGUAUAUCAGAAGAUUGUUGGAUAUUUGCAGAGUGUAACAUCCAUGUUUCUCCAGUUUGAAACAAUGCAAAUAAAGGACAUGACACAU